UGUUCUUCACUGACUACGGGCAGAUCCCCAAGGUGGAACGCUGCGACAUGGACGGGCAGAACCGCACCAAACUGGUGGACAGCAAAAUCGUCUUCCCUCACGGCAUCACCUUGGACCUGGUGAACCGCCUGGUGUACUGGGCUGAUGCCUACCUGGACUACAUCGAGGUGGUGGAUUACGAGGGGAAAAACAGGCACACCAUCAUCCAGGGCAUCCUGAUCGAGCACCUGUACGGGCUGACCGUCUUUGAGAAUUACCUGUACGCCACCAACUCGGACAACGCCAACGCCCAGCAGAAAACCAGCGUCAUCCGCGUCAACCGCUUCAACAGCACCGAGUACCAGGUGGUGACACGCGUGGACAAGGGAGGAGCGCUGCACAUCUACCACCAGCGGCGCCAGCCAACAGUGCGGAGCCACGCCUGCGAGCAGGAUCAGUUUGGGAAGCCAGGAGGCUGCUCGGACAUCUGCCUGCUGGGGAACAGCCACAAGAGCCGGACGUGCCGCUGCCGCUCCGGGUUCAGCCUGGGCAGUGACGGGAAAUCCUGCAAAAAGCCCGAGCACGAGCUGUUCCUGGUGUAUGGGAAGGGGCGUCCUGGCAUCAUCCGCGGGAUGGACAUGGGUGCCAAAGUGCCGGACGAGCACAUGAUCCCCAUCGAGAACCUCAUGAACCCCCGAGCCCUGGACUUCCACGCCGAGACCGGCUUCAUCUACUUCGCCGACACUACCAGCUACCUCAUCGGGCGCCAGAAAAUCGAUGGCACGGAGCGUGAGACCGUCCUGAAGGAUGGCAUCCACAACGUGGAAGGGAUCGCCGUGGACUGGAUGGGGAACAACCUGUACUGGACGGAUGAUGGACCCAAAAAGACAAUCAGCGUGGCACGGCUGGAGAAAGCUGCCCAGACGCGGAAAACUCUGAUCGAGGGGAAGAUGACGCACCCCCGUGCCAUCGUGGUGGACCCUCUGAACGGGUGGAUGUACUGGACGGACUGGGAGGAGGAUCCCAAGGACAGCAAGAGGGGCAAAAUCGAGAGGGCCUGGAUGGACGGCUCCAACCGUAACAUCUUCAUCACCUCCAAGACCGUCCUGUGGCCCAACGGGCUGAGCCUGGACAUCCCUGCCAAGAUCCUGUACUGGGUGGACGCUUUCUAUGACCGCAUCGAGAUGGUUUAUCUCAACGGCACCGAGCGCAAGAUCGUGUACGAGGGCCCCGAGCUGAACCACGCCUUUGGGCUGUGCCACUACAGCAAUUUCCUCUUCUGGACCGAGUACCGCAGCGGCAGCAUCUACCGGCUGGACCAGGCCACCAAGGCCGUCAGUCUGCUCCGCAACGAGCGCCCGCCCAUCUUCGAAAUCCGCAUGUACGACGCUCAGCAGCAGCAAGUGGGCUCCAACAAAUGCCGUGUCAACAACGGCGGCUGCAGCAGCCUGUGCCUGGCCACCCCGCGGGGCCGUCAGUGCGCCUGCGCCGAGGACCAGAUCCUGGGGKCGGACUCUGUCACCUGCCAGGCCAACCCGUCCUACAUCCCGCCGCCGCAGUGCCAGCCCGGCGAGUUCGCCUGUAAGAACAACCGCUGCAUCCAGGAGCGCUGGAAAUGCGACGGUGACAACGACUGCCUGGACAACAGUGACGAAGCCCCCGAGCUCUGCCACCAGCACACCUGCCCUUCGGACCGCUUCAAGUGCAAGAACAACCGCUGCAUCCCCAACCGCUGGCUCUGCGACGGGGACAAUGACUGCGGGAACAACGAGGACGAGUCCAACUCCACCUGCUCAGCCCGGACCUGCUCCCCCAACCAAUUCUCCUGCGCCAGCGGCCGCUGCAUCCCCAUCUCCUGGACGUGUGACCUGGAUGAUGACUGCGGGGACCGCUCUGACGAGUCUGCCUCGUGCGCCUACCCGACCUGCUUCCCCCUGACUCAGUUUACCUGCAACAACGGGCGCUGCAUCAACAUCAACUGGCGCUGCGACAACGAAAAAGAUUGUGGGGAUGGCUCUGACGAAAAGAACUGUCCAAAGCCUACCGCCAUGCGCUGGCGCUGCGACGGCGACACGGACUGCAUGGACUCCAGCGACGAGAAAAACUGCGAGGGGGUCACCCACGUCUGCGACCCCAACGUCAAAUUCGGCUGCAAGGACUCGGCCCGCUGCAUCAGCAAGGCCUGGGUCUGCGACGGGGACAGCGACUGCGAGGACAACUCGGACGAGGAGAACUGCGAGUCCCUGGUGUGCAAACCCCCCUCKCACACCUGCGCCAACAACACCUCCAUCUGCCUGCCCCCCGAGAAGCUCUGCGACGGCACCGACGACUGCGGCGACGGCUCCGACGAGGGCGAGUUGUGCGACCAGUGCUCCCUCAACAAUGGAGGCUGCAGCCACAACUGCACGGUGGCUCCCGGCGAGGGAAUUGUGUGUUCCUGUCCCCUGGGCAUGGAGCUGGGCGCCGACAACAAGACCUGCCAGAUCCAGAGCUACUGCGCCAAGCACCUCAAGUGCAGCCAGAAGUGCGAGCAGGACAAGUACAAUGUCAAGUGYUCCUGUUAUGAGGGUUGGAUGCUGGAGCCCGAUGGAGAGAGCUGCCGCAGCCUGGGUGCGUGUCAGGGGCACCAGGGAUGGCUGAGCUGGGUGAGGCUGUUGAAGAUUUGGGGCUGCUGGUGCUGGGGAAGGGACACCAACCCUCACCCUCACCCUGUCCCCACAGCUCUGACCAGCUUCGAGGUGGUCAUACAGUAUGGCCUGGCCACCCCAGAGGGACUGGCCGUGGACUGGAUCGCUGGCAACAUCUACUGGGUGGAGAGCAACCUGGACCAGAUCGAGGUGGCCAAGCUGGAYGGCACCAUGAGGACCACGCUGCUGGCUGGGGACAUCGAGCACCCCCGCGCCAUCGCCCUCGACCCUCGCUAUGGGAUUUUGUUCUGGACGGACUGGGACGCCAGCCUGCCCCGCAUUGAGGCCGCCUCCAUGAGCGGCGCGGGCCGACGCACCAUCCACAAGGAGACGGGCUCGGGAGGGUGGCCCAACGGGCUCACCGUGGACUACCUGGAGAAGAGGAUCCUCUGGAUUGAUGCCAGGUCGGAUGCCAUUUACUCAGCGCUGUACGACGGCACGGGGCACAUCGAGGUGCUGCGGGGCCACGAGUACCUGUCCCACCCCUUUGCUGUCACCCUGUACGGGGGUGAGGUGUACUGGACCGACUGGCGCACCAACACCUUGGCCAAAGCCAACAAGUGGACAGGGCACAACGUGACCGUGGUGCAGAGGACCAACACGCAGCCYUUCGACCUGCAGGUGUAUCACCCCUCCCGGCAGCCCCUGGCUCCUAAUCCCUGCGAAGCCAACGGGGGCAAAGGGCCGUGUUCCCACCUCUGCCUCAUCAACUACAACCGCACCUUGUCCUGUGCCUGCCCACACCUCAUGAAGCUGGACAAGGACAACACCACCUGCUAUGAGUUUAAGAAGUUCCUGCUGUACGCGCGGCAGAUGGAGAUCCGGGGCGUGGACAUCGACAACCCUUACUACAACUACAUCAUCUCCUUCACCGUGCCCGACAUCGACAACGUCACCGUGGUGGACUACGACGCUCUGGAGCAGCGCAUUUACUGGUCAGAUGUCCGCACCCAGACCAUCAAGAGAGCCUUCAUCAAUGGCACCGGCGUGGAGACCGUCGUCUCUGCAGACCUGCCCAACGCUCACGGCCUCUCCGUGGACUGGGUUUCCAGAAAYCUCUUCUGGACCAGCUACGACGCCAACAAGAAGCAGAUCAAUGUGGCCCGGCUGGAYGGCUCCUUCAAGAACGCCGUGAUCCAGGGGCUGGACAAGCCCCACUGCCUGGUGGUACACCCGCUCCGGGGGAAGCUGUACUGGACAGACGGGGACAACAUCAGCGUGGCCAACAUGGACGGCAGCAACCGCACGCUGCUCUUCACCAACCAGAAGGGACCCGUUGGCCUGGCCAUCGACUACCCCGAGAGCAAACUCUACUGGAUCAGCUCUGGCAACGGCACCAUCAACAGGUGUGACCUGGACGGCAGCAACCUGGAGGUCAUCGAGUCCGUGCGGGGCCAGCUGAGCAAAGCCACCGCCCUGGCCAUCAUGGGGGACAAGCUGUGGUGGGCUGACCAGGCCUCGGAGAGGAUGGGAACCUGCAACAAAAAAGAUGGCACGGAGGUGACGGUGCUGAGGAACAGCACCACGCUGGUGAUGCACAUGAAGGUGUACGACGAGAGCAUCCAGCAGGCUGGGACCAAUCCUUGCAGCCAGAACAACGGGGACUGCUCUCAGCUCUGCCUCCCCACCUCGGAGAGCUCCCGCUCCUGCAUGUGCACGGCGGGCUACAGCCUCAAGAGUGGCCAGCAGUCCUGUGAAGGUGUCGGCUCCUUCCUCCUGUACUCGGUGCACGAGGGGAUUCGGGGCAUCCCCCUGGACCCCAAUGACAAGUCAGACGCUCUGGUGCCGGUGUCGGGGACCUCSCUGGCUGUGGGAAUCGACUUCCAUGCAGAGAACGACACRAUUUACUGGGUGGACAUGGGCCUGAGCACCAUCAGCCGAGCCAAGAGGGACCAGACRUGGCGUGAGGACGUGGUGACCAACGGCAUUGGCCGUGUGGAGGGCAUCGCYGUGGACUGGAUCGCUGGAAACAUCUACUGGACGGACCAGGGCUUCGAUGUCAUCGAGGUGGCCAGGCUGAACGGAUCCUUCCGCUACGUGGUCAUCUCGCAGGGGCUGGACAAGCCACGGGCCAUCACGGUCCAUCCGGAGAAGGGGUAUCUGUUCUGGACAGAGUGGGGGCAGUACCCCCGCAUCGAGCGCUCGCGCCUGGACGGGACCGAGCGGAUGGUGCUGGUCAACGUCAGCAUCAGCUGGCCCAACGGGAUUUCCGUGGACUACGAGGAUGGGAAGCUGUACUGGUGCGAUGCCCGGACGGACAAGAUCGAGCGGAUCGACCUGGAGACGGGCGAGAACCGCGAGGUCGUCCUGUCCAGCAACAACAUGGACAUGUUCUCCGUCUCAGUCUUCGAGGAGUACAUUUAUUGGAGCGACAGGACUCACGCCAACGGCUCCAUCAAAAGAGGCAACAAGGACAACGCCACCGAGUCSGUGUCCCUGCGCACCGGGAUCGGCGUGCAGCUCAAGGACAUCAAAGUCUUCAACCGGGCACGACAGAAGGAUGUGGGCUCUGUGGAGGGGCUGGCGUACCACCGAGGCUGGGACACGCUGUACUGGACGAGCUACACCACGUCCACCAUCACCCGGCACACCGUGGACCAGAGCCGGAUCGGCGCGUUCGAGAGGGAGACGGUGAUCACCAUGUCGGGAGAUGACCACCCCCGGGCCUUCGUGCUGGAUGAGUGUCAGAACCUGAUGUUCUGGACCAACUGGAAUGAGCAGCACCCCAGCAUCAUGCGAGCCACCCUGUCUGGUGCCAACGUCCUCAUCAUCAUCGACCAGGACAUACGGACGCCCAACGGGUUGGCCAUCGACCACAAGGCUGAGAAGAUUUACUUCUCCGACGCCACCCUGGACAAGAUCGAGCGCUGCGAGUACGACGGCUCYCAUCGCCAYGUGAUCCUGAAGUCGGAGCCCGUGCACCCCUUCGGCCUGGCGGUGUAUGGUGAUUACAUCUUCUGGACGGACUGGGUGCGCCGCGCCGUGCAGCGCGCCAACAAAUACGUGGGCACCGACAUGAAACUGCUGCGUGUGGACAUCCCCCAGCAGCCCAUGGGAAUCAUCGCCGUGGCCAAUGACACCGACAGCUGCGAGCUGUCCCCAUGCCGGGUGAACAACGGUGGCUGCCAGGACCUGUGCCUGCUCACCCCCAAGGGCCACGUCAACUGCUCCUGCCGCGGCGAGCGGGUCCUGCAGGARGAUUUCACCUGCAAAGCUGCGAAUUCCACCUGCAACGUGGAYGAGUUCGAGUGCGGCAACGGCGACUGCAUCGACUUCAGCCGCACCUGCGAYGGCGUCGUGCACUGCAAGGACAAGUCGGACGAGAAGCAGUCCUACUGCAGCAACCGCAAGUGCAAGAAGGGCUACCUGCACUGCAUGAACGGGCGCUGCGUGGCCAGCCGCUACUGGUGCAACGGCGUGGACGACUGCGGGGACAACUCGGACGAGGUGCCCUGCAACAAAACCAGCUGUGCCGCUACCGAGUUCCGCUGCCGCGACGGGACCUGCAUCGGGAAUUCCAGCCGCUGCAACCAGUUCAUCGACUGCGAGGAUGCGUCGGAUGAAAUGAACUGCACCGCCACCGACUGCAGYAGCUACUUCAAGCUGGGGGUGAAGGGCACCACGUUCCAGAAGUGCGAGCACACGUCCCUGUGCUACGCUCCCAGCUGGGUGUGCGACGGCGCCAACGACUGCGGCGAUUACUCGGACGAGCGCAACUGCCCCGGCGGGAGGAAGCCCAAAUGUCCGUCCAACUACUUUGCCUGCCCGAGUGGGAGGUGCAUCCCCAUGACCUGGACCUGUGACAAGGAGGACGACUGUGAGAACGGCGAAGACGAGACGCACUGCAGUGAGCGGCAGGACAAGUUCUGCUACCCCGUGCAGUUCGAGUGCAACAACCACCGCUGCAUCUCCAAGCUCUGGGUGUGUGAUGGGGCCGACGACUGCGGGGAUGGCUCUGACGAGGACAGUCGCUGCCGGCUAACCACCUGCAGCUCAGGAUCCUUCCAGUGCCCGGGCACCUACGUGUGCGUGCCRGAGCGCUGGCUCUGCGACGGGGACAAGGACUGCGCCGACGGGGCUGACGAGACCCUGGCUGCUGGCUGCUUGUACAACAACACCUGCGACGAGCGUGAGUUCAUGUGCGGGAACCGCCAGUGCAUCCCCAAACACUUUGUCUGCGACCACGAUGACGACUGCGGUGAUGGCUCCGAUGAGUCCCCGGAGUGUGAAUAUCCCACCUGYGGCCCCCACGAGUUCCGCUGCGCCAACGGCCGCUGCCUCAGCAACCGGCAGUGGGAAUGCGACGGCGAGUUCGACUGCCACGACCACUCGGACGAGGCACCCAAAAACCCGCGCUGCAGCAGCCCAGAGCACAAGUGCAACGACUCCUUCUUCCUGUGCAAGAACGGGAAUUGCAUCGCCGAGGCGCUGCUCUGCGAYAACAACAAYGACUGCGCCGACGGCUCCGACGAGCUCAACUGCUUCAUCAACGAGUGCCUCAACAAGAARCUGAGCGGCUGCUCGCAGGAGUGUGAGGACCUCAAGAUCGGGUACAAGUGCAGAUGCCGUCCCGGCUUCCGGCUGAAGGACGAUGGGAAGACGUGCAUCGACAUCGACGAGUGCUCCACCACCUACCCCUGCAGCCAGAAGUGCAUCAACACMCUGGGCAGCUACAAAUGCCUGUGCACCGAGGGCUACAAGCUCAGACCUGACAACCCCACCAGCUGCAAGGCUGUCACAGACGAAGAGCCCUUCCUCAUCUUCGCCAACCGGUACUACCUGAGGAAGCUCAACCUGGACGGCUCCAACUACACUCUGCUCAAGCAGGGGCUGAACAACGCCGUGGCUCUGGAUUUCAACUACCGGGAGCAGAUGAUCUACUGGACAGAUGUCACCACGCAGGGCAGCAUGAUUCGCCGCAUGCACAUCAACGGCAGCAACGUCCAGGUCCUUCACCGCACAGGGCUCAGCAACCCCGAUGGGCUGGCUGUGGACUGGGUGGGAGGAAACCUGUACUGGUGUGACAAAGGCCGGGACACCAUCGAGGUGUCGAAGCUCAACGGCGCUUACCGCACCGUGCUGGUCAACUCGGGCCUGCGCGAGCCCCGCGCGCUGGUGGUGGACGUGCAGAAUGGGUGUGCCUGUCCCACCAACUUCUACCUGGGCAGCGACGGCAAAACCUGCGUGUCCAACUGUACAGCCAGCCAGUUCGUCUGCAAGAACGACAAGUGCAUCCCUUUCUGGUGGAAAUGCGACACCGAGGACGACUGCGGGGACCGCUCGGACGAGCCAGAGGAUUGCCCUGAGUUCAAGUGCAGACCGGGGCAGUUCCAAUGCUCCACCGGGAUCUGCACCAACCCCGCCUUCAUCUGCGACGGCGACAACGACUGCCAGGACAACUCGGACGAGGCCAACUGCGACAUCCACGUGUGCCUGCCCAGCCAGUUCAAGUGCACCAACACCAACCGCUGCAUCCCCGGCAUCUUCCGCUGCAACGGGCAGGACAACUGCGGGGACGGCGAGGAUGAGAAGGACUGUCCCGAGGUGACCUGUGCCCCCAACCAGUUCCAGUGUGCCAUCACCAAGCGCUGCAUCCCCCGUGUCUGGGUGUGUGACCGUGACAACGAUUGCGUGGACGGCUCCGAUGAACCGGCCAAYUGCACCCAAAUGACCUGCGGCGUGGACGAAUUCCGGUGCAAGGACUCGGGCCGGUGCAUCCCGGCGCGCUGGAAGUGUGACGGGGAGGACGACUGUGGGGACGGAUCUGACGAGCCCAAGGAGGAAUGCGACGAACGCACCUGUGAGCCGUACCAGUUCCGCUGCAAGAACAACCGCUGCGUGCCGGGCCGCUGGCAGUGCGACUACGACAACGACUGCGGGGACAACUCGGACGAGGAGAGCUGCAGUACGUGCCACCCCCGAGCCUUUGCUGUCCCUGCAGUGGGGAGGGGACAAAGGAGAACUUUGAGCCCCCCCCAGCCCCUCUCCUGCUGCCAGCAAUGGGGGCAGUGUCAGGCUGGUGGCCGGGAGAGCCACCGUGUCCCCUGGCCAGGACAAUGUCCCCUGCCUGUCCCCUCCCUGCAGAAGGACUGCACGCCCCGCUGCGAGUUUGACCAGUUCCAGUGCAAGAACGGGCACUGCAUCCCCAUGCGCUGGCGCUGCGACGCCGACGCCGACUGCAUGGACGGCACCGACGAGGAGAACUGUGGCACCGGGGUUCGCACGUGUCCCCUGGACGAGUUCCAGUGCAACAACACCAUGUGCAAACCCCUGGCCUGGAAGUGCGACGGCGAGGACGACUGCGGGGACAACUCGGAUGAGAAYCCCGAGGAGUGCUUGAAAUUCCAGUGUCCCCCCAACAGACCGUUCCGCUGCAAGAACGACCGGGUAUGUCUGUGGAUCGGUCGACAGUGCGACGGGAUUGACAACUGUGGAGAUAACACGGAUGAGAAGGAUUGUGAGUCACCCACGGCCAAACCCAAGAGCUGCAGCCAGGACAAGAACGAAUUUCUUUGUGGAAACAAGAAGUGCAUCAGCGCCAACCUCCGCUGCGACUUCUUCGAUGACUGCGGCGAUGGUUCCGACGAGGAAUCCUGCUCCCACGAGCACAAAUCAUAUGACUGCAUGACCAACACCACCAUGUGCGGGGACGAGGCCCAAUGCGUUCAAUCUCAGUCCACCUCGUACUGCACCUGCCGCAGAGGCUUCCAGAAGGUGCCGGACAAGAAUUUCUGCCAAGACAUCAACGAGUGCCUGCGCUUUGGGACCUGCUCCCAGCUCUGCAACAACACCAAGGGCUCCCACGUCUGCAGCUGUGCCAAGAACUUCAUGAAGACAGAGAACAUGUGCAAGGCGGAAGGCUCCGAGCACCAGAUCCUCUACAUCGCGGACGACAACAAGAUCCGGAGCAUGUACCCCUUCAACCCCAACUCCGCCUACGAGCCGGCCUUCCAGGGCGACGAGAACGUGCGCAUCGACGCCAUGGACAUCUACGUCAAGGGCAACAAGAUCUACUGGACCAACUGGCACACGGGCAGGAUCUCGUACCGGGAGCUGCCCGCCUCGUCCUCCGCCUCCACCGCCUCCAACCGCAACCGGCGACAGAUCGAUGGUGGUGUCACCCACCUGAACAUCUCAGGGUUGAAGAUGCCGCGGGGAAUCGCCAUCGAUUGGGUGGCUGGGAAUAUCUACUGGACAGACUCAGGGCGGGAUGUCAUUGAGGUGGCGCAGAUGAAGGGCGAGAACCGCAAGACGCUGAUUUCGGGGAUGAUCGACGAGCCCCACGCCAUYGUGGUUGACCCUCUGAGGGGAACGAUGUACUGGUCAGACUGGGGCAACCACCCCAAAAUUGAGACGGCUGCCAUGGAUGGGACACUGCGGGAAACCCUGGUGCAGGACAACAUCCAGUGGCCAACAGGUCUGGCYGUGGAUUACCACAACGAGAGGUUGUACUGGGCCGACGCCAAGCUCUCCGUCAUCGGCAGCAUCCGGCUCAACGGCACCGACCCCGUCGUGGCCAUCGACAACAAGAAAGGGCUGAGCCACCCGUUCAGCAUCGACAUCUUCGAGGAUUACAUCUACGGCGUCACCUACAUCAACAACCGCAUCUUCAAGAUCCACAAGUUCGGGCACAAAGCCGUCACCAACCUGACGUCCGGCCUCAACCACGCCACCGACGUGGUGCUCUACCAUCAGUACAAGCAGCCAGAGGUGACCAACCCGUGUGACCGCAAGAAGUGCGAGUGGCUCUGCCUGCUCAGCCCCAGCGGCCCCGUGUGCACCUGCCCCAACGGCAAACGCCUGGACAACGGCACCUGCGUGGUCAUCCCCUCGCCCACCGUGUCCCCUGUUGUGCCCACCACCGACACGUGUGACCUGGUGUGCCUGAAUGGCGGCAGCUGCUUCCUCAACGCCCGCAAGCAGGCCAAGUGCCGCUGCCAGCCCCGCUACAACGGUGACAAAUGCCAGAUCGACCAGUGCUGGGACUACUGCCAGAACGGGGGCACCUGCGCCGCCUCGCCCUCAGGAAUGCCGACGUGCCGCUGCCCCACCGGAUUCACCGGGCCCCGUUGCAACCAGCAGGUGUGCACGGAUUAUUGCCAGCACAACGGCAGCUGCACCGUCAACCAGGGCAACCAGCCCACCUGCCGCUGCUUGCCCACCUUCAUCGGGGACCGCUGCCAGUACCGGCAAUGCUUUGACUACUGCGAGAACGACGGCGUGUGCCAGAUGACGGCCAGCGGUGCCAAGCAGUGCCGCUGCCCACCUCAGUUCGAGGGYGCCCAGUGCCAGGACAACAAAUGCUCCCGCUGCCAGGAGGGCAAGUGCAGCAUCAACAAGCAGAGCGGGGAGGUGUCCUGCAUCUGCCCCGACGGCAAGAUCGCCCCGAGCUGCCUGACCUGUGACAACUACUGCCUGCACGGUGGCACCUGCUCCAUCAGCGACAAGACACAGCUCCCUGAAUGCCUGUGUCCCGCGGGGAUGACGGGCGCCCGCUGCGAGGAUUUUGUCGUGGGAGAGCAGCAGAGCAGCCGUGAGUUGGGGGGUGAAGUGGGGGAUCCACUCCCUGAUGUGAUUUGGGGGGUGUUGGGGUGGAGGAGCGAUUCCCGUGCCCCCWCCCACCUUCUCCCCGUUCUCUCUCCCCAGCCCACCAACUUCACCAACCCGGUUUACGCCACGCUGUACAUGGGCGCCCACAACAGCCGCAAUUCCCUGGCCAGCACGGACGAGAAGAGGGAGCUGCUGGCACGGGGGGACGACGAUCUGGCAGACCCCCUGGCAUAGGGGGAUGGGGGCGAGGGGCCGCGGGGCCGCGGAGCCCGGCACAGCCCCCCGCCGCAGGGGCGGGCGAGGGGUGGGCCGGGGGUUGGGGAGGCCGACGAGCCGCUGUAUAAAUGUACAAAUGAAGGAUUAUUACUUUUCUAUGUGAGCAGUAUUAUUACCUGUAUAUUCCCCCCCUCCCCUCCUCCCCGGUCGCAGGCCUCGGCGUCUUCAUUGCCAGACCCGGCUUUGGUUUAUUUUAAAUUUCUUUACAUUGGGCACCCCCCYCUUUUCCUUUUCYCCUCCAUUCCCCUUUCUCACCCYCUCCUGCCCCCGGGACAGGUGCGGUACCGGGGUGAACGAAUCGGGGUCGGGGCUGGCGGGAGAUUUGGGGUCACUGCUCCUGGGGUGGGGGGCACAGGUCGGGGGGAGGCAGAGCGGGGUGCUCCUGACCUCCCCUCCUCAAAACUGCAGCACCUCCCCUUUCCAGGGACCCCCUUUUUCCUUCCCCCGCCUAAAUCUGCUGCUCCCCGGGUUUCCCCUUCUCCUGCAGCUCGGCCUCUGCAAUCCACUCCCCUCUCCCCUGUUCCCAUUUUCCCCCUCCUUCCCCCAUUUUCCUCCUCCCUCCCCUAUUUUCCCCCCAUAUCCCUCCCUCUCUCCCCUCCUCCUUUUCCCCCAUUCUCUGCCCGACUGUUACAGGGGCCAAAA